AUGGGCAUUAGCAAGGAAGAAUUAAAUGUAUUGUUAAAAGAAUGUCAAUUGAAUAAACAUAAUAAUCCUUCCUAUAGUCUGUCAAAGCUACAUGCUAUUAUUGAUGAUCUUAUUGUGCAUGUUGAACGAUCACAUGAAGUUCGAAAAGUAUUUGGUAUUCUUCUCAAAGACAUCAUACAAGAUGAAAUGCAAUCAAUUAGUUCUCAUCAACAAAUUAAUGCUGAUGAUAUUUAUCGUCAAAUGAUACUUUUUUCAUUAGAUCUUCUUUGUCGAUAUUUACUUGUGCUUGAGCAUUUAAUUAGUGAUAAUGAUCAACAACAACAUAUUGGAACUCCAAAUAAUAAAAAACAAAAACGAUCGUUUCAAAUUUGUCAUAUGGAUUGGUAUAUUAAUGAACGUGAUGAAAUACUUUAUUUAUUCACAAAUUUUAUUAAACUUGAUCUUCGUCAAUUUUGGCAUGAAACUGAACGAUUAGAAGAUCAACAAAUUGGAAAUACAAUUGUGGAUGUAUGUUUAACAAUGAUUCGAAAUAAUCAAUUUUCAUCACGAGCAAGAACAGUGAAAGAUUAUUUAUCAUUUAUAUUGGCAUUAACUAUUGGACUGUUUCGUAUUGAAGAAGAUUCAAGUAUGAAAAUAAUUCAAAUGUUACAAAUCCAAGAACAUACAGCAACAAUUUAUUCAGCUGCUAUUAUAUGUCAUGUAAAACACUUUCGAACAGACACUUUAUUAGAAAGAAUUAUCAAUGAUAUGUGUCAUAUAUGUCUAUCGCCUUCGAUUAUUCAAUCAUCUGCAUCAAAUCAUUCAUGUCGUUCAAAUACUUCUCUAUCAAACACUCAAAACGAAACAAAUAGUACUCGUACAAUGGCAAAAUUACUUGAUGAAUUAUCAAUUCAUAUAUCUGAUCAUUUAAUAAAUUAUAUUAAUCGUUUACUUGAUUUAUUCGAUAGUGAUUGUUUACAAAUGCGUAAUUGUUUAUUAAAUGUAUGUGUAAAUAUAAUUCGUUAUUGUUCAUCAUUAUCUCAAUAUAAAGAAUUACGUGGUGAAUUAUUUUUUUUAAUAAUUGAUCAAUAUUUUCUUGAUUGUAAUGUUCAUGUACGAUCACAUGCUAUUGGAUUAUGUAUGAAUUUAGUUGAAUCAAAAUUAAUUCCAAUUAAAUUUUAUUGUCAUUUAACACAAGCAACUUUGGAAAGAAUGAAUGAUACAUCAUGUAUUGUAAGAAAACAUGCUAUACAACUAGCAAUAAAAUUACUUAAAUUUAAUCCAUACACAGAUCGGUUUCUUCCAAUUGGUGUGAUGCUUGAUGAAUAUAAUGCUGAAAUGAAUAAAUUAAUUCGAUUACAAAAAUUAUUAGGACAAACAUUAAAAAUAGAGAAUGUUUCAAAUAAUGUAAAUAAAAUAAAUGAGAGAGAAGAAGAGAAUGAUCUGGAUAAUCAACAUGUUUUAUUUGAACGUAUUGUUGAACAACAACAACGUGUUUGUUCAAUGUAUUUAACUGAUGAAUCAUUACCAUCAUUUGAACAAUAUAAUGCUGAAAUGAGUAUAUUAAUACAAUUACAAAGUAAACUUAAUAAUUGUUUAUCGACAAAUUCUGAUAUUGAAAUAAAUGAUGAUGAAGAACCAAGUGAAAAAGCAACAAGAUUAUUUGAUAAUAUGGUUAAACAAUCAAAACUUGUAUCUUAUUUACAUAAUGCAACUGAUUUUUGUAAUCAUCUUCGAAGAUUUCUUUUUAAAGAUGCUUUUUAUUUACUUAGUUCAAAAGUUACAAGUGAUGUUCUUGAAAUAAUUGAUUUUCUUGUUUUGUGGUCAACAUUUGAAUGUGAAUCAGCUAUAUAUAAAAAACUUGAACAACAUAUGUUUUCAUUAAUUUGGUCAAAUGAUAAGAAUAUUUCAAAUGCUGUUCUUAAUGCAUUUAAAAGAAUAUGUUUAAAAAUUGAUGAAGAUAAUAAAGAUGACAAAAUAUCAUCAAAACAAAUUAUUGAAAAAUUACUUGAUCAAAUCGAUUUAAAUUUAACAUUAACAUUUGAACAUAUACUUAAACAACUUCUUAGUGAAUCUACAUCAAUAACAGCAAAUAUAUUUCAUUUUAUUGAAGUUCUUCUUGAUUAUUAUUUGGAAUUAACAAUACAUAAUUCAAAAAAAAUAUUUAUCUGA